AUAAAACCAGAUAAGGCCGUCUUUCCACAAUCCGACAAAUCUGAUAACGACUAUCUUCCAUAUAAAUAAAUUCCUCAAGUGCCACCAUUCAGAUAAUCCCGAGCCUUAUAUAAUCCCGCAUCGUAUCAAAAACUAAAAAAAUAAUAAAUAGAGGAUGUCGAUAAAGCUGUAUUACGCCCUCCCCAGCCCCCCCUGCAGGGCCACCCUUCUCACAAUAAAAGCCCUUCAGCUCGAAGUGGAUCUAGUGCCAAUCAAUCUCGUCGCCCAGGAGCACCUAACAACAGACUUCCUCAAGAUUAAUCCGUUCCACACGCUACCGACGAUACAAGACGAGGAGUUUUACAUAUGGGACAGUCACGCUAUUAAUUGCUAUCUAGUGGAUAAAUUCGGGGAGGACGAUGGGCUUUAUCCCAGGGAUUUGCAGAGGAGGGCGGUGGUGGACCAGAGGCUACAUUUUGAUUCGAAUGUGCUGAGUGCGAGGUUCGCGGCAAUCGUGAGCCCCAUCCUCCGAGAAGGCGCCCGCAUCAUCCCCAAAGACAAAUCGGACGCCCUCCUUCAAGGCCUCACCCUCCUGGAGUCCCUCCUAGAAAAAUCGUACUACGUCACUGGAAACACACUCACGAUUGCCGAUUUCAGCUUAGUGGCGACCGUCAGUAGUGCCAACGCCGUCCUCCCACUAGCCUCCAACAGAUUCCCCAACAUUUUCGAAUGGUUGGCACGCAUGGAGAGCCUUCCCUACUACCAGGAGGCCAACCAGGAGGGACUCGACGCCUUCGCCACCAUGCUUAAGAGCAAACAUCUUGUUAGACAAGCAUCUGCUGUGAAAUAAAUAUUUACAAAUCGAAAAA